UAAAUAGACAUCCUUCCGCACAUUGCGGAUGUAGAUCUAUUCAUCACUGAUUCAGUGAAGAAUUAUAUUUUUUAUGCGUAGAAAAGUGAUUUUGUUUUUCUCGUUACUUUAAUUAUAAAAAAGAUAUUUUUUAAAAUAACUAUUCGACAUUUAUUUAAUAUUUAAGCAAAAGUAUAGACGGCCAAUUAGCUUGGAUUGUCUGUGCUAUGGUGACAUGUGAGGAGUACAGUCAUGUUUAAUUUGGAUUUAAAUGUACAUGUAAGAUUAACGAGGAAUUAAUAACACGUUGUAAUGGAGCAAAAAGUGUUGUUUUUUUCUAUUUCCUCAGUUUGUGAAACGUAUAAAGUGAAGAGAAAAUAAGCAAAACAUGUAUGCAAUAUAAAACAGUUAGAAGCAACUAAGUAACAUCAAACAGAUACAAAAUGUCGACUGUAUAUAACUCAGCAUCGAUAGAAAGUACAGACACGACUGAAGUGACAACUCUAGAAACUGGUAACGUAAAUUAUACAUCACAAGAAACUUCAACCUUUACGGACACUACAGUGACUACAGUGACUGGAUUCAUUACAGAAGUAACGGACACCAAGACAGAACCAGUUAUAGUAACAGAUGUAACCAUAAAAGGAACAACCACUACAAAUCACACAACAGGUGUUUCGUCUACCAGCACCAGUCAUGAUAUUGUUACGGAUGUUACAUUUUACAGAAGUUCGCAACAGAAUACUGAUAGCACAUCUACAAUUUUAAGAACUACAACCAUCAACAUGGAAACAACGACAGCAAGUGAUUUUUCAGAUAAUUCAAGUCAAGUUUUAUUCGCCAACACGACUUCCAACUCGUCUGUCAUUACCGGUACCAGUGUUGACUCUGGCGUAGAAAUACAUAGAUUGUGUGAUAACUGUACAACAACAGUUGUAGUUGUAUCCUGUGUGUCAGCUGGCGUAGUAUUAUUGGUUCUGUUGAUGUCAGCGUUAUGUUUCUUCCGUCUACGUCAUAAAUGGAGAGCAAAGAUACAACUAGAACGCAAGAAGACAGAUAUUUGGUCAAUGGCAACUUACAAUAACACAAUAAUCAAUGAAAAUUUCGCCGAUUUUCAGUUGGCACCGCCAACUAACACAGAAAUGAGGAAGUCCUCAGGUUUCUCGGAGAAUUCUAUCCAGUUUUACGACCCUUUCACGAGUGACGCACCACAAACGCAGUUUUCAUCUAAUCAGGUCGUCAUGCGUAGCAACACACUUCCGCCGGAAGAACAAUUUGCCAAUUCCACGUUAAGAAGGAAUACUGUCAGUGCUCCUGAUGAGCUGGAAUUGUCACCUCAAGCGUUCAAAGGACCGGAUUCGCUCGGUUUUAGUGAUAACAGAUAUACUUUAAGAGGUCGCUCGUCCACAUUUACCGUGGGCAGAAAACAAAAUGUAGACCGACACGUUCUGCUGAGUCAUGAAGAACUGGUUGAAGACCAGUCAGCUGCUGAAAACAUUGGUGCAGUAUACAAGACGCCAACAAGUAGCUAUAAUAUGACAGAACUCUAACCCUUACCUAGCUAAAUUUCUAUAAUGAACUUGUCCAUCUUCCAGUUUGGACAGUACCAUUAACUGUUAAAAGGGUAGCUUAGCAAAACGAUACUGGCUGCAGGGGUCACACUGGGAAUUUUUUUCUCUGAGCCACUGCUUUUUCCAAAGAUGAAAUUAUGAGGCCAACAACGGGGAAGCGCAUAGCAUUGACGUUCUUGUAGGACUACAUUUUAUGUACCAAAGUACUCAUACCACUCAAGAAAUUAAUUUAGUUAUAACAUAUUUCUUAGUAACCCUUUAAAAAGCUAUUUAGAAAUCAAUUUUUGUUAACAUCUAAAAUUAUCAUUAUUAUAAAUAUCUGCCAUUUAAAGGGAAUUCCGAUAGUUUUUUAUGCGCAUCUUUCUGCGCAGCCGACACUUUCUAUGGAAAACUGAACUGAAGUCAACAUUUGUUGAAACAUGUUACAGACAGUCUUAAAUAUGAGGAAUCUUGAAUGAAAUAACAUUUUUGAUAAGUUUUAUCAGUAAUCAAAUGUUGAUACUGGUUUAUGUUGUAUUGACAAGUAUCAUGCAUGACAGGUAUCUUGCUAUUUUUGUGGUUGUGUUUUCAAAUCGCAUCAGUGUUGUUCAUAUAAUGUAAGAUUAUUGACUUAGUACUAAUAAGACAAUAUCACCUUUCAGAUUAUUUAGAAUUCAAUUAUAGAAAGAAUUAAGAAUUUUUAAAACUUUUUUUUAACUUCUAGCAGACAUACAUGUAAUCAAUUUGGCCAGAUACGCGCCAUUUUCCGUCCGAACAGGUGUUGUAUUCUAGCGGUCUUAACAUAAAAUUUAGCCCGGUGACCCAUACAUUUUUAGCCAUUUUUAUGCUCACAAUACAAUUAUCUAUACACAACAAAAAUAGGAAAAAAUUCUAUGAAAGAAUUUUUUCAAAAUUUAAAAAAAAUAUUCUUCACUAUGCGUAUUUUUCACUGAAAAAAGUUCACAAAAGUAAAUAUGAAACAAUAUUUUUUUCAUUUGUACCCAUUAAUGUAAGGAUAGAGUAUUACAAAUAUGACUAUGAUAUCAAAUAAGUAUAUGAUAAAAUCUGUAAAAAGAAAAAACUUUAUUGUGCUGUCUUGAUAUAUAUUUUGGUUGGUAUUUAUAAAAAAGCAGAAAAUUAUGAAAAUGUAGAAAAAUCGCUAGCAGUUUCAGCAACAGUGGGUGUGUUCAAAACAAUUUUUCACAAAAACAAGCCUGGUGACCUAUUGUUUUUAUUUGUUCAUUGUUUUCAGCACAAAUUUUCCUAUCAUAUAUGUGAAUUUAAAAAAAUUCUAUGAAAGAAAAAAAACUAUAGGAAUUCUCUUUAAUAAAAAAAAUUCUGAACAUGAUAUUUAAAAUAAAGAUGUCAAAAAAGAAGAAAUUUUGUUUAAGCAGUGUCUUAUUUUGCAUAUUGCCUAUAAGUGGGUGGGGUUCGAUGCCUUCUCAUGUUUUAUUCUCGAAAAAUACUUUAAAAUAUGAGCUCCUUUUGCAACAGUUUUUAUAUUUUUCUUAAAUGUAGACUCUUUAUUGGCUUUUUAUUUAAGACUGCACUAAAAAAUCUCGUCAGAAAUGACAGAAAUUUCCAAAAAUUAAGGUCGCGAAAAUGGGUGACAAAUACGGAAAACGUAAAUUAGAAUUAAAUUUUUGAUAAAAUACCUAUGUUUUAUUGCCUUUCUAUCAUCAUAUCUGUUCAAUACUUACAAUUUCUGCUUAUCUAAAGCAUUUUUAUUUGUUUUUGCCCAAACUUACCCUCGGCAACUAACAUGAUAAGAAAAUUUACUACAGAUUGUCUAACGGCCGAUUGUUCAUAAAAAGGUAUCAAGUGCACAAAAUGAUGGUUAUAAUCUAAUUAUCGCCAAUUAACUGCCUGGUCAAAUAAAAGUUAUGUAAAUUGGCUUCCUCCCUUUCAAUAACAGAUGUUGUUUGUCUACACAGAUUAUCGAUUUUUCACACCUUUUGGUUCCUAAAACUGGCAAUAAUCGUAGUUUUGUAGACAGACGUAGCUUCGGGCCAUUUUCGCCACUUAGAAAAUUUUGGAGCCACAUUUAAUUUUUUGUCGCAAAUGGCUCAAGUGGCGAUCGACAGCGUGACCCCUGCUGGCUGAAUAGCGAACAGUGCAGAUCAUGAUCAGAAGGCACGGAUGUGCAGGCUGACCAUGACCUACACUGGUCACAAAGGCAGAAUCAAUCGUGUCCAGUAUGGUAAGGGUUAGGCGGUUUUGUAAAGGAGUUUUGGGCGAGAGUGGUGAUUUUCUAAAUCAGUAGAAAUUAAUACAACAUAUACUCGACAACUUUUCUAACUCAACACCUGUGUUUCUGUUUUUAUCUGUACCAAAUUUUGUCGGAUUUGAACGAAAUUUGGACAAAAUGUUAAAUGAUUACUAACAUAACGCAUUUAGCCGAACCAAAUACAGUAAGGUAACCCUUAAACAAAAGUAGCAUAAUUAGUAAAUCCCAUGAAAAUCAUCAUCAACCUACGAAAUGGUACAUACGUCAAUAUCUUUAAUAUAAACUAUAAAUUUCGUAUCAGUUUCGUGACGUCACUGACAGGUAACAUUUACAUUUACGGAUGGUAUGGCGUCAAAGUAAAUCACGUAGGUAACAACUUUUUCAAAUUUAAACAGCAAAACUAGAGAAUGGAGACCAACCUUGGCAUUGGUCAACUGAAAUACAAUGCUAAGAAUUAGCCAAGUAAAUGCUGUAGAUGUGAGACUGUUUUUCGGCGACGCUGUCUAAAUUCGUUUUCGUUACCUAUGCCACGUGACUUCAGUUUGCAAAUCAAACUACUUGAUAACGCAUUAUAGAUAAAUUAUCAAAAUGGAAGAUUUAUGCAACACUCUGCCUGAUUGGACGAGAGUGUCAAUUUCUUUCACUCUGUUGAUUGUGCUACGCUGAGUGAACUGUAGAUAAAGCGUUUAUCCUAAACGACGCUGUUCACAGUUUUAAAGCUAACUUUGGCUCAGUAUAUUUAGCAAGAAUAUUGAUAUAUCUCAAAAUGAUAAAUGACUUUAAUAAAUAUGAUAAAAACCUGUUCAAAUACCAACAUAUAUCAAAUUAAAGAAAGAGCUGAAUACGGUCUGCGUAUCACAUGAAUAAGGGUGUGAUAAGAGUCUUUUAUGUAGAGAAGUGCUUUUUAAAAGAUUUUCCUUGUUACAAUUGUCGUCUGUAUAUGAAAAGGUUUCUUGCUUUUGUGACUUAUUCAGAUUGCAUAUUAAAAUGAGUACUUGUUUGCUAUGAUAUAUUUGUUAUAAAUUUUUUAACUGAUUUAUUAUAUAUGAAUAUUUUUCUUUAGUAUGGUAUGCAAAUAUUGAACUCAGUUGAAAUCUGUUUUAUUAUAUAUAUGCUAUAUAAUGACUGUAUCUCAUUACACUGAAAUGAAGGUACGCUGCAUUCAGUUUAUCUAUGUGAUAUGACUACGGUCAAACUUUGCUUAUGAAACAGAAAUAUUGAAAUAAUCACAAUUGUAUGUUUUGCUUGACCUUCACUUUUUUAUAGGUGUGACGUCAUUGUCCAAAGAUUCAUGAAUAGCGAAUAUGCUAUUUGUUAAAGUAGGAUCAGUUGGCCUAUUUUAGAAAUAAAUAAAAAUAAUAAAUAAAAAAUCCUUUAAUUGAUUUUUUCUCAUGUAUUCUAAUCAAACUUGAUUUGUAGCAUCUUUAUUAGGCCCGCAGCCAACUUUGUUCAGCUGGGACAUAUGACCCCUUUUAGGGGCUGCUAGAGCUAAAACUAGAAAUAUACCUGCCUUUAUACAGCGUCUCAUGAACAGUUUGGUGGAUCUUUGUCAUAAGUGGUCUGGAGCAUCAUUAUAAGGUCCUCUUCCAAAUUUAUUUAUAUAGGAACUUGGACCACUAUAGCUAAAAGUAGAUACAUGUAUGCCUUUCUUCGCAUUAACCAUUAAAAUGUAAUGGGUUUUUAUCAAACUCGAUGUGUAACAAUAUCGUAAGGUCUCCUGCUAUUUAGUUACAAAUGGGGAUAGGGACCAAUUUAGCUAAAAAUAUAAACACGUUUAAUGACCUCUUCUCAUGAACCGCUUCAUGAAUCUUCAUCAAACUACUGCUGUUAUUAUUCGUCUAAGGAUAAACGAAACAAAAUUGCAACCCUACGAAACCUUUGCGAAAAAUUAAAAGAGAAAUAUUUAAAUUGUUAAAGUGCGGUGUUUUGUUUUGCAAUUUGAAAAAUGGUAGAUGAAAGAUGAAUGUUAGAUGAAAGAUGAAUGUUAUAUGAAAAAUUCAUAAACUUCUUUCCUUAUUACAAUUCGCCGACCAUCAUUUUUAAAGAUAUUUCUUGUUCAAUUUGACUUUGCACCCAGAUCAUCAGUCCUCGAAGCCAGAAAAAGGCAGACACAGUCUGAUGAAAUAACAGCAAGAACUUAAAAAUAAAAGAAUAGACAAUUCUAAUUCAUUUUGUAUUUCAUGUAUUAUACACCUUGUUCUACAUUUAAUGCAUUAAAACACAAUAUCGAACA